GGGUGCGGCGCCAACUCCGCAGGUAUAAAUAUCCUCACUGGGCGGAGUCUAGGGUUUUUAGUCCUCUCUCCAGGCGGCGCCUCCACAUCUCGUCUCUCGGAUCGGGAGGCGAAACCAAGGAGGAAGCGGAGCAGAAGCAGCCAGGCCAGCCCACCGCCGCCACCAUGGGUAUCUCGCGUGACUCGAUGCACAAGCGCCGGGCCACCGGUGGGAAGCAGAAGGCCUGGAGGAAGAAGCGAAAGUACGAGCUUGGCCGUCAGCCAGCCAACACCAAGUUGUCAAGCAACAAGACGGUGAGGAGGGUCCGUGUCAGAGGGGGUAAUGUGAAGUGGAGGGCUCUCCGCCUGGAUACUGGUAACUACUCCUGGGGAAGUGAGGCUGUUACCCGCAAGACCCGUAUCCUUGAUGUGGUCUACAACGCGUCAAACAAUGAGCUCGUGAGGACUCAGACCCUUGUGAAGAGCGCCAUUGUGCAGGUUGAUGUUGCCCCAUUCAAGCAGUGGUACCUAACACACUAUGGAGUGGAUAUCGGUAGGAAGAAGAAGGCAGCUGCUGCCAAGAAGGAUGCUGCUGAGGGACAAGAGGGUGAGGCUGCAGCUGAGGAAGCAAGCAAGAGCAACCACGUCCAGAGGAAGCUUGAGAAGCGUCAGCAAGGACGCACACUUGACCCCCACAUUGAAGAGCAAUUUGGCAGUGGAAGGCUGUUGGCGUGCAUUUCUUCCCGCCCUGGGCAGUGUGGCAGAGCUGACGGGUACAUCCUUGAGGGUAAAGAGCUGGAGUUCUACAUGAAGAAGCUCCAGAGGAAGAAGGGCAAGGGUGCUGCAGCUUAGAGGCAUUCUUAUGGAUGUUCUACACUGAGGGUGGCUUUUUUGUUAGUAUUGUCAAGCGCAGUGUUUAACGAGCACAAUAUUUUCUAAAUUGAAUCAACUAAACUAGCUAAGAAUUAAGAAUUUUCACCUGUCAUGGUUGCAUUCUCGUGAGGUUCUGUUUUCUUGUGCUGCAACAGUUUGUUAGCAGUUGUGGUUUAUCUAUGAUAUGGCUGUGGAAUUGGUGUGCUCCCUA